UCCCCUUGUUCUUUCUAUUGUCAUGAGCCCAGGCAAAAAAAAAGCUAAUGGGCCGAACAAUAUUAAAUUUCUCAGUUUGAGACCAAAUAAAGUUGGCCCAUUAUCGAAUAGAUAUUAUUUAGCAAUCCGAGGACGCCAAUCGACUUUUACUCGAUCCACAUAACGUCUGAACGUCACUCGCUCGUGUUAUUAGCCACGUGGAACUCUCAUUGAGCGAGUAGUCUACACCGUCCUUUGCGGGUAGAUUACAGAAACGAAAGUCUUUCAAGUCCACACCAGGAUAAAACUGACAGAUAAGCCUCUUUAGACUUUCCAUUUUAGAUUUGACGAAGGAUGCUAUCCGUCGAUCCAAGCUGAAUAAUCUUAUCACCGUUGAUCUUUGGAUAAACAAUAGAUCCGUUUUCAAAACUCUUACCCGUAGAGAAUAAAAAUCUCAGCUACUACCAAAAUUAGGAAAUUCAGGAUACAAAAGCCAAGUCACUUACCGAAAGAUUGUUUCUUCUUCUUCUUCUUCUUCGCUUCCUUCCUUUGAAAUUGAAUUCAGAUUUUUAUUUUUUGAGGGGAAAAAUGGAGAUCUCGCAGAGAGUGAAAGCUCGAUUAGCCGUUCUCACCGCGCAUUUGGCGGUGUCUGAUACCGUCGGAUUGGAACAGGUGUUACCGGCGAUCGAGCCAUGGUGCACAUCGGCUCACAUUACCGCUGCACCGCAUGGAUCGCUUAAAGGAAACUUGACGAUCGUCGAUGAGCGUACGGGGAAGAAAUAUCAGGUCCCAGUCUCAGAGCAUGGUACCGUUAAAGCCGUUGAUCUCAAGAAGAUAACGACGGGGAAAGAUGACAAGGGGCUGAAGUUGUACGAUCCAGGUUACUUGAACACGGCUCCGGUUCGAUCUUCGAUUUGUUACAUCGACGGAGAUGAAGGAAUCCUACGUUAUCGGGGAUACCCAAUCGAAGAAUUGGCUGAGAGCAGUACUUUUAUUGAGGUUGCUUAUCUCCUCAUGUAUGGAAAUCUGCCUUCUCAAAGUCAGCUAGCUGAUUGGGAGUUUACGGUUUCUCAGCAUUCAGCUGUGCCACAAGGAGUCUUGGAUAUCAUACAGUCCAUGCCUCAUGAUGCACACCCUAUGGGAGUUCUUGUGAGUGCCAUGAGUGCACUUUCUAUCUUUCAUCCUGAUGCAAAUCCUGCUCUUAGUGGCCAAGAUAUUUACAAGUCAAAACAAGUUCGUGAUAAACAGAUUGUUCGUAUUCUCGGAAAGGCACCAACAAUUGCAGCGGCUGCUUAUUUGAGGACGGCAGGCAGGCCUCCUGUUCUUCCUUCGGGCAACCUUUCUUAUUCAGAGAAUUUCCUCUAUAUGCUGGAUUCAAUGGGCAAUAGGUCUUACAAGCCUAAUCCUCGUUUGGCUCGAGUGCUGGACAUCCUCUUCAUACUGCAUGCCGAACAUGAGAUGAACUGCUCUACUGCUGCUGCUCGGCAUCUUGCCUCUAGUGGUGUUGAUGUGUACACUGCUUGUGCUGGAGCUGUUGGAGCGCUUUAUGGUCCACUUCAUGGUGGCGCGAACGAGGCUGUGCUUAAGAUGUUAGCAGAGAUUGGGACAGCUGAAAAUAUUCCAGAUUUCAUCGAAGGCGUGAAGAACAGAAAGAGGAAGAUGUCAGGUUUUGGACAUCGUGUUUACAAAAACUACGACCCCCGAGCAAAAGUCAUAAAAAAACUGGCAGAUGAAGUGUUCUCCAUUGUUGGUAGGGAUCCUCUCAUCGAGGUAGCAGUUGCUCUAGAGAAGGCGGCGCUGUCUGAUGAAUAUUUUGUGAAGAGAAAGCUGUACCCAAAUGUUGAUUUCUACUCUGGAUUAAUCUACAGGGCAAUGGGAUUCCCACCAGAAUUCUUCACAGUCUUAUUCGCAGUCCCGCGUAUGGCUGGAUACUUGUCGCACUGGCGUGAGUCGUUAGAUGAUCCUGACACUAGGAUCAUGAGACCCCAACAGGCCUAUACUGGAGUGUGGAUGAGGCAUUAUGAGCCAGUGAGAGAACGAACGUUAUCAAGUGAUUCGGGUACGGAUAAGUUUGGUCAAGUUUCCAUUUCGAAUGCAUCAAGAAGGCGUUUAGCUGGAUCAUCUGCCCUUUAGUCUCAAUCCUACAACACACCAAUAAAGAAGAAAACAUUGGGAUACCUCUGGGAAAUUAAGAGAGUCUCCUCAACAACUGUGUUGUUUUCUUUCUUUUAUAAUUAAACACUUAAUAAUACACCCUAUUCUUAUUGUUUGUCUGUUAUUUAAAACUUUAUGAUUUAAUAAUAAUAACAAUCUUGUUACAGGGAAAAGACAUGUAAUUCUGAUAAAUUGGGCUUUUAUGAGGAAAGUUCGUUGUAGAAGAUGAUCUUCUUA